AUGGAGUUCCGGUUUCAUUUUCAUAAAUUAUGCCAAAUUGAAAGAAGAUGGCUUCUUCUGGUGGGUGCAGUGGCUAUUACUCAUUUACUGUUUCAAUCUCUAUUGCUUCCAUAUGGAAAUGCUCUUCGUUCUUUAUUACCCAAUAGCAAUGAACCAGUACAAGAUACAAGCAGCUUUCCAAUCUUACAAUCUUCCACAAAGUCUGUCAUGGUUCGCAAUGCUCUCACAGUUGAUACUUCUAGCUCGAGUAAAGUUUCCACAGUUGAUGGUGUAGUGGUGAAAGAUGCUGUCAAUUCUGGUGGAAAUGGAGACAUUAGUCAUGGUGGUGGAUUGAAGAGAAACAGUGGAGACACAGAGAAUGAUUUCUCAUCUGAUAAUCAAGAUCAGGAUAAUCAUUUUGAGCUUGCAGUUGCUAAUGAUGGAGAUACUGAUGGUUUUGUAUCUGAAAAAGAGGAUUUGGAGAAUCCUAUCGAGCUUGUUGUGGAUCGAAAUAUAGAUGAUGGUUUCCCAUUUGAGGAUGUGGUGGAUAAAAAUGGGACUUUCAUACUGGAAAGUAUCAGAAGUCGAGAAAAUAAUUCUAUCAUGGACUUUGCCAGUGAAGCCAAAAUUGAAAUACCUCUUUAUCAGAAUGUGAAAUCAAACCUUUCAACGGACUUUCAUCUGGAGAAAGAGUUGGGGCACAUAAACGUUACUUUGAAAUCACCUCCUGUAGGAUCAAAAGAAGUACCUUCAUUAACAAAUAUCACCAGUUUGAGAUCAAAUGGAAGUUCCUCUAUUGGUUCUGCUAUCCAUAGAGAUGGUGUUGCAACUUCAAAAAAUGAUUUAGCAAAGAUGAAUAAUCAUGGAAGGAAGAAGAUGAGAUGUGAGAUGCCUCCAAAAUCAGUAACAUCAAUAAAUGAGAUGGACAGUAUAUUAGAGCGACAUCGUCGGUCUUCACGUUCAAUGAGACCAAGAUGGUCCUCUCCACGAGACCGCGAGAUUUUGGCUGCAAGAUCACAAAUUGAAGGUGCUCCAGUUGCAGUGAAUGAUCGAGAUCUUUAUGCUCCUCUCUUCCGAAAUGUUUCCAAGUUUAAAAGGAGUUACGAACUCAUGGAGCGCACACUCAAAGUUUAUAUCUAUAGGGAUGGAAAGAAACCCAUAUUUCAUCUACCAAUAUUGAAGGGGUUAUAUGCCUCGGAAGGAUGGUUUAUGAAACUGAUGCAAGGGAACAAGCGUUUUCUUGUGAAAGACCCUCGAAAGGCUCAUCUGUUUUAUAUGCCAUUCAGUUCUCGAAUGCUGGAGUAUGCACUUUAUGUGCGUAACUCCCAUAAUAGAACAAAUCUACGCCAAUAUUUGAAGGAAUACACAGAGAAAAUUGCAGCUAAAUAUCCUUACUUUAACAGAACUGAUGGAGCAGAUCAUUUUCUUGUAGCUUGCCACGACUGGGCUCCAUAUGAAACAAGGCACCACAUGGAACAUUGCAUAAAGGCCCUCUGCAAUGCUGAUGUCACUGUAGGCUUCAAAAUAGGAAGGGAUGUGUCUCUUCCCGAAACAUAUGUCCGAUCAGCCAGAAAUCCUCUUAGAGAUCUCGGAGGAAAACCACCAUCUCAAAGGCACAUUCUUGCCUUCUAUGCCGGAAAUAUGCAUGGGUAUCUGCGACCAAUCUUGCAAAAUGAAUUACAUCCAGCACAUGAAGAGCAGCAAGUAUUGCAUCUGCCCCAGGGGCUACGAGGUCAACAGCCCAAGAGUGGUUGA